CAUGGAGGUAGCUUAGUCAGCUGCUGAUGGAAUCUUCUCUCCCUGUCAGAACACCUUCAGCCUGUCAUGACAGGGGGUCAAGUGGAGGACAGACACAGAAGUGGGGUGGACCACAGGUCUCCUUCCUCUGUCACACAGCCAUCCACCCUGGGACGGUCCCGGCCGUAUCAAGGAGUCAGAGUUCGGGAUCCGGUCAAGGAGCUGCUGAGGAGGAAGAGGAGCCUGGAGCAUCAGAGCACCAAGACCACGCACUCCCCAGCUGAUGUGGCGGCUCACACCAAUCUUUCAUCAUUUACACAAGGUGUUUUUGGCUCAGAUGUGGCCAGUACUUCUCCAGCUCAGCAGUCUACUGGUGCUGCAGAUGAUGCGUUGCAGGGAGCAGGCUGGAAAGCGGCUUCCUCUGUCUCCAACGCUGGGCUGCAGUCUGUUAUGAUGCCAUGGUCCUCAUCUGACUACAGCCAGCAGGACUCCACUGCUCAGACUCUGGCCUACCCCGCUGCCCCUGCCCUCACUGCUGAUGUAUACAUGCAGACUCUGUGCCCCAGCUAUACCAUGCUGACCUAUACACACACACCACUGCUCACAAACUUUGGGACCAUACCAGUGGCUCAAGGAACAACGUCUCUUCCUCAGAUGGAGCUCCCUGACACAGGGCUGGCUUACCCCUUAUGGGCACAGCCUCUCACCGCCAUAUCUGCCAUGCCCAAUCCAGGAGUCCAGUUUGCCCCAGGUUCUGCAGCUCUGCCUGGAUCCUCUUUGGUCCACAUGCCUUUACCCAUGUCUUUGACCACCAUGAUCCCUCAGCCAGAGACCCAGGAGGUGGAUCCUCACCCUCAGAUUUUGGACAUCCCAGAGCACUCACAGCAUGAUCUGGACCAAGAACCCCAAGAUCACUCUCUGCAUGAGGAUCCUGAAGUGGAACCAGAAUCCCCUAACUUGCUGGAUAAGCUUCUGGAGGAUCAGAGGGAGCAUACUGAAGAGGGAGACAAAGAUUCGUACUCCAGCUCUCUGUUCUUGCCUAAUGUCUAAAGAUACAACUGUUCAAUCCUGUGAAACCAAAAUUAUGUCAUUUUUUAAAUUCCCAUAUUUGGUCAAGUGAUAAAUGAGUUUUUGCAUCCUAUUAAUAUUUGCCACAGUAAAAAUAGCAUAUGUCAAAAUAGUUUAUUGUUAAUUGCUGUAGUUGUGGCUGUUUUUAACAAGAUCAUGUCAAACAUGGAAACAUCCCACAAUUGUCUAGAUGUCUGUUUGCAAAAUGUUUAUCUAAUGUAUAAGUGUGAUGUAAGAGAAGAAUGAUAAAUUUUUUAAAAUAUAUUUUUUAAAUGAAAAUCUGGCA